AUGAGGAGGGUCAGGGGGACGUCGACCAGACGAUCACGCAGGAGAACCUCGGGGCAGGCGAGGGCCGCUCGAGGCGGACGAGCGGCAUUGUCGCAGCCCUCAGCAGCCUCGCUCGCGGUGCGCCUGGCUCUCCCUUUGUCGAUCGUGUCCGUACAAGCUCUGACUCUUGCUCCGUUCGACGCAGGCCCCGACGACACGCCGGCGGCAACGCACUUCUCGCGCGACCUGCCUGGACCCUCCCUCGCGUCAUCCACCUCCGCCUGUUCGCCCGCCUGGACCCGCUCGAGGGCCACCUCGCGCACCUUCACGCGCUCGCACUCGCAGUCCAACAACGCGACGUUCCUCACCGAGUGCUCGUUCGCCGUGUCGCACGACCGCCUCGUCCAGUACAUCACCGACGUCGAGCCGUUCGAGCCCGACUGGGCCAGCCUGCGCAGCAUCGACUUGAGCGGCAAGAAGGCCGACAGCGUCGUCCGCAUGAAGGAGUUCCUGCCAAAGCUCGACGAGCUGUCGUACCUGACGGGCAUCCCCAAGACGCUGCGCACGCUCCUCGUCGCGUCCAACCGCCUCACGAGCCUGACGUCGUUCCAGCACCUCGCCAACCUCGAGCGCCUCGACUUGAUCGACAACCACCUCGACUCGGUCCACCAGCUCUCGAGCCUGCGGCACCUGCGCGAGCUCAAGCUCGACGGUAACCAGCUCGACAGCCUCGACGGGCUUGGCGGCCUCGACUCGCUCGUCAAGUUGAGCCUUCGAGGCAACGCUCUCGUCGACGUCAACCUCGGGCAAACAACCUGGUGCUCCCGCAGGUCGCGCCUCGAGACCCUGCGGCUCUCGCGCAACAAGCUCGUCAACGUCGACGGCGCCGAGCGCCUCGUGUCGCUCACGACACUCGACCUCGACCACAACCACCUCGCGACGUUCGCGCCUCGUCGGCCGCUCUCCCGCCUUCGUGUCCUCCGGCUCGGCAACAACCCGCUCUCGGAGCUCGACGUUGCGUUCGCGCCCAAGCUGCGCACGCUUUACGUCGACUCGGCCCGGCUCGGCAACCUCGUCGGCACGGACCAGAUGCGCAAGCUCGAGAACCUGAGCGUGCGGGACCAGUCCGGCGACGCCCUGACGGUCGCCAUGGCCCACGUGCGCGACGUCAAGCGCCUCUACCUGUCGGGCAACCCCCUGCCGUCGUCGUUCCCGUCGGACAAGUUCUACAACCUCACGUACCUCGAGUUGGCCAUGUGUCAGCUCGAGUCGCUCCCGGCCGACUUUGCCGCCGUCGUGCCCAACGUCCGGGUCCUCAACCUCGACUACAACUUCAUCCAGGACAUCUCGCCGCUGUCGGGCCUGGUGCGCCUCACCAAGUUGAGCCUGGUCGGCGCGCGCAUCGCCAAGGCGCGCCCGCUCGCCGUGGUCCUCGCGACUUUGACCGAGCUCGAGUCGUUCGACAUGCGGAUGAACCCGUUCACGCUCGCCUUCUACCCUCCGCUCGUCCCGCCGUCCGGCUCCCUCCUUCCCUCGCACACCGAGCACCGCAUCCUGCACCCCGACGACCUCCCCACGGCCCUCUCUGCUUCGACGCUUGCCGACCCGGCGACGCACAGCUCGGCGUGGCAGGCCCUCGACGUCAAGUUCCGCCGGGCGCUCCCCGACGCAUGGUACCGGCGCCGCGCCGCCUAUCGCGCCGUCGUCAUGCAGGCGGCGCCCACCCUGGAGCGCCUCGACGGCGUCGACUGUGCCAAGGACCGGCCACGCCUGGCGAGGACGGUCGACAAGCUCGCGAGGCGGACGACAGCGGUCGUCGAGCGGCGGUGA